ACAUUGGUUGCAUCUAUCUUCGGAGAAACAACCAUUCUAUUUUUCGUAUUAAAAGUAAUUGAAAUCGUUUAAACUGGCGCUCUUUAUCAGUUAAUUAAGCCAAUUUAUUCGUCUUUAAUAGUAUUUGAUCGUGGGCGGAUCCGGAACGGCUUGCUACAAAGAGCUUAAAGCUUGCUAGUCAGUUCACUGGUAGUUCUCAACUUGUGAAGUUCACACUACAUUCAUAGAAAGAUCUUGAAGUGAUUUUGAGUUAUUGAUUUUCUAAACACCCUAAUUUCUGCAAGAUUUUUUCAGGAUGUCCAGGUCAGAGCCAAGAGACCCUAGAAUAGCACCCAAAGAAAUGAUCAUCACCCGUUUCAAGUCAGCCCAACAGAAGAAGAAACAGCAAGAACAGUUCGGCUUGUCGAUACAGCCUGCCAAAAAACCGCCUCAACCUCCCCAAAAUCUUAAAUUACCACAAACGAUCACAAAAGUAACGCAAAAUGUCCCCAAAGUAACACAAACUGCCACAAAAUUGCCCCAGACUGUGACAAAAGUGACGCAGAACAUCUCAAAAGUGCAAUCGGUCAAAACACCUGACACGGUGCAGAAAUCAAAGUCGAAAAAAGCCAAGGGUGAGAGCAGUGUUAGCAAGCCGAGCAGUCCGAUACUGAUUGAGGAUGACAGCCCGGAGUAUUAUCCGGAGAAAUUGAAACGGGCUCCGGGGUCGAGGAAAGUUUUUAUGAAACCGAAGCAGAAGUCAACGAUGGUUGCUAGAACUAAUAAGAGGAAGUUUAAUACGCCUAAACGAGGUGUAAAAUCCCCGCUCCCCCGUUCACCGAAGCACACAUUCUCCCAAGAGGAAUGUCCAGUCUACUCUGAGUUGAGCAUGGAAGAAGUCAUUCGGAUAGUGGAAGAAAAUGACAGCCUUGAUGAUGAUGAUCUGAUGGAGAUACUGACUUGUCCCAGCCCGGUGUGGUGGGAGGAGCCGCCUGAUGAGAUGUAUAUUGAAGAAGCGAUUUGCUCAAGAAAACCAGAAGAAAACGCCACCGGAAAAAAGAAGAGUCCGAUCAGGGAAAGGUGUCUGAAUACUCUACGAAACUCCUCAAAAUUGGGUAAGAAAAUCAAAACCCAAGUGUCUGAUAUACCUGCCAAACCUGCUACUGCCCCAGAGUCCAACAUACCUGAUAAGUCUGCUAAAAUAGCUACAGAAAAACCAGUCGAAGUGAAAAAAGACGAAAAAUUCAUCAAGAAAAGCAAAAAGCUUGAAAAUGUUCUUGGGAAUAUCAAGAAUAAAGCGAGUAAAGAUACUGAUGUCAUAUCCAAGAGUAUUAAACAAGAAUUGAUAACUAAUGAAGAGAAAUCACAAGUCGAAACUAGUGAGAACGAAGCUGUAUUAGCUGAAGCUGUGAAAUCAAAUGACGUGCCUAGUUUGGUUGAAACUAAGAAAGACGUUCCUAAAACAGUUGAAAAUGUCAAUAAAACUACCGAACCAGUGAUCAAUGUCAAGAAAGAAGUAGAACGUGCAAAGAAGAAGAAACUGUCAGAAAGUACAGAAGAUUCGUUCGGAGAUCUGAAUUGUAGAAACCAAGAGAUGCUGCUAGAUUUAGAAAACAUGGACAUUCCUGUUCAAGAGAGCGCAGCGUCACCAGAUUGUAUGAUUAUUAUUGAUGACAAUACGAGCAAAGUCAUCGAUUUGGAUGACGAUGACAAAGAACAUCAAGAUGAUAAAAAUACUGAUAAGAAAGCCACUGGAGUUGGAAAUGAAAGUGAUGCUAACAAUGAUAUUAAAGCUGAUGAAAAUCCAUCAACAAAUAUUGAUAAUCAAACAAAAUUACAUUCCGAAACAGCCAGAGAAAUCGACGCAGAAUCUCUGGUGCCAAAAAACAUGCCGCCACUCACAAAACGUCCUAAAAUCAACAACACAGCGUUCGCGUCCCCCAAUUCAUAUAAAAGCAUUUCCGAUGAUGUCACUGAAAGUUCUAGCGUUUCAAAUACUGAUGGAAUGGAUACCAUAUCUGAUACGAACAUAAAAUACAUCAUGGAUGAUGAUUUAGAUGAAGUUAUGGAUAACAACAAAAUUGAUAACAUCAAAGAUAGCAAUCAAGGAACAAAUGAUCCGAAAAUCAAUGUUAAAGAUGAAAAAUUCGAAUUGAAUGAGCUCACAAUUCUAUCAGACACAAACGAUCCAAAAUCUAAAGACGCGUAUAUUACUGUAUACAAAAUCAUGUCCAACGAAGAAUCAGUGAUUAAACCGACGAACAAAUUUAAAGAUAUACCAGAAUAUUCUAGCUAUGUUGAAAACUUGAUACAGGUUGAGACCAAGCAAGAAUUUAUUGAUGAAAGUUUAGAAAACGAAAUACAGGAAUUACCUGUGGAUGCGAAAGGGCAAUUGAACUCCUUUUUCAAAAAAUGCAAAUAUGCGAAUCGAAAACGCAAAAGGGUGGAUCCUAAAGACAAAAUUGUCGAUGAUACCGAAUGCAAAUCGCCGAAGAAAUCUAUCACAGUUGUUCAAGAAGACAACGUAAAAUUAUGCUUGAAAUGUUCUGCCAUAUUUGACACAGAAGAAUGCAACUUCUGCCUCAAAUCGCAGAAGGAAAGUAAGGAUGUGGACAAAAGUUAUAUGUGUGAUAAGUGUGACUAUGUAGGGGAAAGUACGAGUAAUGUGAUUGUGCAUUUGGAAGAGCAUAUGCGCUCUGCAGAUGAGGGCAAAACGUAGUUAUGUAGGAACGUGUAAAGUCCGGUCGCCGAGCACGUAGAAUUUUGUCCAAUGACCCCAAGCUACCCAUCCUUAUCGCUCGCGCGUAAUUACAUUGCUGUCGCGACUGUGCGACGGGCGCCCGCAGUGAGUGUGCGAGCGCGACAGCAACAUAAUUACGCGCGAGCGAUAAGGAUGGGUAGCUUGGGGUCAUUGGACGAAAUUCUACGUGCUCGCAUACCAGACUAUAGUUGUGUAUUUUAUUUAGUACGGUUACUUAUAAGUUACUUCGUCACUCGAAAUCUGAACGGUCUUGCCCCAAGAUAUUGUACGAAAUCCUGUAGACCGGGUUCACAGAACACAACACAAAAUGCAAGUGUGUAUUUUUGAUUUUGUGAAAACAAGAAAUCUUUUUUCUUGGUUUCAUACUAUACUCACAUGCUCGUCGAGGAUCGUAUUUGUAUGACGCCCGUAUUCACAAACGAUGCUUGCUUAAGUGAAGCAGCAAAUCGAACGCAGAGCGUUGAAUAGAGCUCUGAUUGGUUCGUGUGUCACCCUGUGCGUCCACGCGCACUGUGAGACCUCAUAGUAUUGUUUGUGAAUACGGGCGUGAGACAAUUUGUACAUACAACCUGGUCGAGCUAACUGCGUACCUCGUUCGAAUGGCUAUGUGACGUCACGGCCGCCACGUGUGUCGUAAACUCGAUUGGAGAUUGUAUAAGUGAAAUUGUUAAUAUAGCUAAAAUCGAUGUUCGUUAGUGCCAACAUUUUGUCGGUUUUCGUUCAUUAUUUCUAUUAAUAUGAAAAAGUUGACGGUUCGGUCACCCAUCAAGUUGUAUCCUCGCGCCAAGUCGUUUGACUUUUACUUAGUUAUGUUAUGUUUAUCUGAUUGUAAAUAGAUCUCAAUGUACUGACUGAUGUUUUUUCUUACAUUUUGUUGAAUGUAUUGUUUACUGGAUAUUUGUAAGUGUACAAAAAUGUAAAUAGGUUAGUGUAGUAUGUAGUGUAUGUUAAUCGUUGACUAUCAUGAAGUA